GUACAACAAGCACACAUAUAAUACAAAGUGUACUUGUGGAGAAGCAGUCAUUCUCGAAUAUUGAUACUUCAAAAAAUAAAUACCAUGUCUAAUACCAAAAGCGAGCCUACGAUUAUUGCCCGCGUCGCUGCGGUACCUUUGGUGGACGCUGUUGUGUCAUACACGAGUUCUAUAGCUGAUCGUGCGAAGAGUCUAAAUGUAUACGUUCGUGAAGGUGCAGACUUUAUUGAAUUUACGCUGAAGAUGGGGGUUGAAUGUAUAUAUCUAUACUUAGAGGAUAGUUUGUUUAUGGAUUACCUGAGGAAUGCGGAUAGCUAUCUACUUGAUACAUUCAAUAGUUUGGUAAAGAGAUAUCCUCUUAUCGAUGCGCUUCCGAUGGAAAUUGUUGAUGCAGCACAAUUGCAAUACAUUCAUGCAAGCGAAAGUGUGUUGACACAGUACAAGAAGACCAGAAACGGCGUCGAAGGUCGAUUUAAUGAGCAUAUCAACACAAUUGCCGAGCAGUACAAUGGUAGAGGAGCCCCCAUGGUUGCUGACAUAAAGGAACGAAUCAAAGUUGCUCGUACGGAUAUUCAAGAGCAGGCUGCACCAAUUAAGGAACGGGCUGAGCCCAUCAUUGCGGAUUUGCAGGAUGCCGCCCCUGUUGCUGCGUCCUUCAAGGAUCAGUCUAAUCCAAUACUAGAGGGCAACCACAAGAAAUCUGAGAGUUUCAGUCAAUAAAUGAUAUAACAUUCCAA